UCUUCUUCUUCUUCAUCCUCUUCUUUCAUAAAUCAUAAUUUUCCAGUUUUUAAUUACUGCCUGUCUGCCUGCGAGCGACUGCUAUCAAGGUGAGAGAGAAGUAGGUGGAAAGCAAAGUCUCUCCCUUCAUUGCCCCCACUUUCUCACUUUCCUUCUCCCGCAAACUGACGAACAGCGGGGGAGAGUAAUAUACUACUGAGAGACAGACAACCACUACUCCAUCCACCCACCUAAUCCAUCCAUCCUCUCUCACGGAGGCCCCAACCUCACCAGAGAACUACCACGAGAAAGUGCCGCAGCAAAUUUGUCUGGGCUCGUUUAGAGUAGAAAGAAACCUAGAGCUUGGGAGUUAUUGUCAUUCCUUGGUCGCUUUCGGAAACCCUAACCGCGGGAAAAGGGAAGGCAAAGGAGUAAACAAGGAAAGAAAUCCUUAUCAUCACUUGCUUGUGGCGAUUGCCCAUAUUUGAUUCCGAUCGUCUGGUUCGUGUGAACUGUAGAUCCCCUUCCCGAUCUGCCCGGCCGAGUCGGCCAGCAAUGGGCUGCUCGGUUCGGAGGAGUUGAACACACUAAUGCCCCGUGCCGGCGUCGUUGAUCCCCCGGAAACUGUGUCAAUGUCGGCUUCUUCAGCUGCUUUUCUUGACCGUUCUAGACCUGCUACUUCUAACACGGUUUUUAAAAGCGGACCACUGUUCAUUUCCUCGAAAGGACUAGGUUGGAAAUCAUGGAAAAAGCGGUGGUUUAUCCUCACACGCACAUCCUUGGUUUUCUUUAAGAAUGACCCGUUCUUUAUGUUGAUUGCACCUGGUACUGAAAGAUUCGCAUUAAGUGCCUUACCACAAAAAGGUGGUGAAGUGAACUUAACUUUAGGAGGAAUAGAUUUAAAUAAUUCUGGGAGUGUGGUUGUAAGAGAAGAUAAAAAGUUUUUGACUGUUUUGUUUCCCGAUGGCCGGGAUGGACGAGCUUUUACUCUUAAGGCCGAAACUUCUGAGGAUCUGUAUGACUGGAAGAAUGCUCUUGAACUUGCCCUUGCACAAGCACCAAGUGCCGCUCUUGUUAUGGGGCAUAAUGGGAUUUUUCGAAGUGACAAUACUCAUCCUGUUGAUGGCUCUUUCCAUCAAUGGAGAGAUAAGCGCCCUGUGAAAUCUUUAGUUGUUGGAAGACCUAUUUUGCUUGCUCUUGAAGAUAUUGAUGGUAGUCCAUCUUUUCUUGAGAAAGCUCUUCAAUUUCUUGAGAAGUAUGGAAUUAAAGUGGAGGGGAUUCUGAGACAGUCAGCUGAUGUUGAGGAGGUUGAUCAUAGAGUUCAAGAUUAUGAACAAGGUAAAAAUGAAUUUGAGGCAAAUGAGGAUGCUCAUGUUGUUGGUGAUUGUGUAAAGCAUGUCUUGAGGGAGCUUCCUUCCUCCCCAGUUCCUGCAUCUUGCUGCACUGCAUUGCUGGAUGCCUAUAAAAUCGAUGGGAAAGAAGAUCGGAUAUCUGCUAUGCAUUCUGUCAUAUCAGAAACAUUUCCUGAACCAAACCGGAGGUUGUUACAAAGGAUUCUGAAGAUGAUGCAUACAGUCUCUUCUCAUUCUCGUGAGAAUCGGAUGACUCCUUCUGCUGUUGCUGCAUGCAUGGCACCCUUGCUUUUACGCCCCUUAUUAGCUGGCGAAUGUGAGUUGGAGGAUGACUUUGACGCUAAUGGUGACAAUUCUGCUCAGCUUCUUGCUGCUGCAAAUGCAGCCAAUAACGCUCAGGCCAUCAUCACAACUCUUCUGGAAGAGUAUGACAGUAUUUUUGAUGAUGAAAAUCUACAGAGAUGCUCUAUCUCGGCAGAUUCUCGGAUGGGUAAAAGUGGAAGUGAAGAUUCUAGUGAUGAUGAAAAUACAGAUAUGAAAGAUAACAAUUACCAUGAUGCAGAAAAUGAAGUUGACCAAGAAACAGAUGAUGAUGCUGAGCGUGUGCUUAGUGGGAAACUGAGUGAAUCAAGUGGUUCAGCUGGCAGCGAUCUUUAUGAUUAUAAGGCUUUUGUUGGUGCUGAAUCAGGUGUCAGAUCACCCAUUGGCAAUCAUACCCCUGCCGAGAGUUCAGACUUUGUGACUGAACCUCCACACGUUAGAGAUCCUGGUGCACAACUUCUGAAGCUAAGCGAACAUAAGAAAGGAAAUGAAAAUUCAAUCAACGGAACAGAUUCGUUGAGUGAUUUACCUCCUGGUGAAUCUUACCGGUCAAUGGGAGAGAUCCUAUCUACAAUAGAUGCUGAGCCUCAGGUGCCUAUAUCAUCUAUUGAGUCAUCAGCUGAGAAGCCAGCCGGUAAAGCUACAACCUCCAAUGCCAAUGGAAAGCGAUCAACAUUCUGGGGAAGAAGCAAUGGCAGAAAGACACCAUCUACGGAGUCAGUUGAUUCUUCUGAAGAAGAGCUUGCUAUUCAGAGGCUUGAGAUUACUAAAAAUGAUUUGAGGCAUAGGAUAGCAAAGGAGGCUAGAGGUAAUGCAAUUCUGCAAGCUAGUUUGGAGAGAAGGAAACAAGCUUUGCAUGAGCGGCGCUUGGCACUUGAACAAGAUGUCUCAAGAUUGCAAGAGCAGCUGCAAGCUGAAAGAGAUCUUCGAGCUGCAUUGGAAGUUGGUUUGAGUAUGACUUCCGGGCAGUUGUCAAGUUCACGGGGCAUGGACUCUAAAACAAGGGCAGAGCUGGAGGAGAUUGCUCUUGCUGAAGCAGAUGUAGCGAGGUUGAGGCAGAAAGUUGCUGAACUCCACCACCAGCUCAAUCAGCAGCGGCAGCAUCAUUAUGGUGCUUUAACUGAUGAUCGUUAUCAGCAUAUCCAAAACCAUAAUCCUCAUCAGAGAUUUCUUCAGCAAGAUUUUGAUACAACCCUUGCUUUUCUAAAUCAUGAAAGAAAACAGAGAACUGAGGAGGUUCUAUUAGGAGCAGAUUGGAUGAAUAAUAUUAAAGGAGCUGCUGGCAGCAGUAGCAGGCAGCCUAAUAAUAGAAAACAAUAUAUGGAACCGACAACCAGCCUCAGUGACUCUAAAAGUACCGAGGACGCUUCUACCAACUUAUCCAUGGAUGAGCUUUGUGGCGUCGUUGAUUCUGCUCCUACAUCAACUUCGAGACCUGUAGAGGCGACAGAUUACACCAGACAUCCAUCAGCAGCAUCUUCUGCUUUAGUGGAACUGACAACGCGCCUUGAUUUCUUCAAGGAAAGGCGGUCACAGCUGAUGGAGCAGCUCCACAACCUCGAUUUAAACUACGGCACGACUUCUUCACAGGAUUUUGUGUAUAGUAGGCCUCCAUCUUCCCCUCCAUGGAACUGACAGGAAAUAAACAUCUUCUGUGAUCAGCAGUGUUGUUGUACAUUCUCUAUCUUCCUGUGUUUGCAUAUAAUUCUUUCCCCCCCUCUUAUCUCAAUUGUAUUCUUCUUGCUCUCCACCUAAUCAAGAGUAUGUCCUUCCUCGUUGUAUGAUCAAGUGUGCUCUCGCGAGGUCAGCAGUUGAUGGGAGGGCGCCUGGGGAGAUCAUCUAUGACUGGACAAGAGUGACUGUUGUGUUCUCUCCCUCCGGUUUUCUAUUCUAUUUCAGGAUUUCCCCUUGCUGUAUUUUGCUGUUUGAGAGAUGCCUAUGUAUAUGAGAUUUUAAUGUUUGUGUUGAGGUCAGUAUCAAUGUGGUACAGAUGAAAAAUACUCAAAAAGUCCAAAUACUGAUGAAUGGUCCCUAAAGCUCUGCUUUCUAUAUUUAUCAUUGUCAUUGUCGACACAUUUGUAUAAAGGAAUUCGUAAGUAUGUGUUACU